AUGGCUGAUAUUGCAUCCACGUCCCAAGAAUGGGAGGGGACAGGACCAGCGGAUUCUAUUCCAAGAAAGGAAAUGUCCAAGACUUCAACCACGACGACGAAUUUUAGUGGUACUGCAUCUAUUGACCAUGCAGCCACGGGAAUCAAUUACCACCACUUGGAAGCCAUACUCCGCGGGUCUGUGGGCACCAAGUCAGUUUUGAAAUGGAUUUUGGCAACUGGCGAGGAGGAGAAGUCAGAGAAAGCACGAAGAGAGAUCGAAGAAAACAAAGCUAAACCAGACACGACCGUGGCCGUGAUCAUAGGGGGACUCCGGUUUUGCGUCCAGAUUUUCCUUGCAAUAGGCAUAUUCUUCAUGAAUGCUCUUAUCUGGUACGUUUGGCGCGACUCUGACAGCAACGAGCCUGGUACUGUUUUGCACAUUAUGUUGUUGGUGUUGCCUGCCAUGACAUGCGCCUGGUUCCUACUUCUUCGGAUGAGGUUCGAAUUCAAAAAGAGAAACUGGUGGAGGAUCGUUUCCCGCGUCUUCGAAUUCAUCAUUAUGGGUGCAUGGUACUGCUUUGGGGGUAUGGCUAUGUUGCAGUUGGCCCAUUCUAAAACGAAGAUGGGUAUGGACCAAUACCAGUCUGUUCGGAUCCUCGGCAUGGCCACCCUUGUCUGCGCGGGUGUGACUACCAUCAUAGCUUUGUUGCGAAUAUUUCAAGCGACGAAGGACAAGUUUGAAGAGUGGUUGGAAAGAAGAUAG